AGACUCUGCACAGUCGUAUUUGUCAGUUUCAUGAGCUGCACGCUGGGAUCUCGUAUAAAUGACUACACUUUUUCAUUUUUCUUACAAGUUUCCAGGUGUUUCCGGGUUAGUGUGAACUGGCUUCGAGGCGCGCGCUGUCCGCUGUGCCUUUAACGCGAACUCGUGACGUUUAUAUUUACUCGACCCCAAUUGGCUGGCUGAUUUCCGCAUAUUGUGUUAGUGCUUAGGAAGGCUUUGCAAAGCAUGGCAGAAGAGCUGUGGAACAGGGUAAACAUUCCCUUUCCCGGUGCCGUUUCUAGUGUCCGUGUGCACUACAGCUCAAGCACAGAUACGACUGUUAAAUCCCUGUUGGUGGAAAACGAGAAGGCGCUUCAACUCAUUCGGAGUGAGAUAUUUCAAACGGAGGUGCGAGUCCUGUACGAGCUGCUGUACAUCCUAAAUAACAGCUCCAGAGGGAACAAGACGUUCAAAGGCUUGAAACAGGUUGAACAAUGCAUAAACAGGCUGAAGUGCAUGAAGCUUGAUGUUGCUCUGCAAGAGCUGACAGACCUGUGUCCCAAUAGGAUUCAGAGAGGAGUGAGCAUCAAGGCCGGGGAGUGCGAUGUUCCCAGUCAGCCCUUGCUGGAGUGGCUCUGUCUCAAAGUGUUGGGAGCCGCCCAGCUGAUGAGCUGCACAUUAAAUCGCUGCAGCCGAGCUUUCUCGCUCACAAAGCAGCAGAUGAAAUGGGAGGAGUUUGUUGUCCUGAAUGUGGUGAUUACCAGCAUGCUCAGUCGUCUCUGGGUGAUUUGCCGUGGUGUCCUGGUCAGCCUGUCCACUCUGUAUCAGCAGCUGCUGCAGCUCCUCAGAGAAGUAGCCAAUGCAAAGCCCAUGCCCUUCCUCAGAGACUUCUCCCUGCCAGGAGAUAUGACUGAGUUCCUGUGUCCCUCUGAUGCACACUUACUGUCCAAACAGUCAGCACACAUUCCCCAUGACAAACACUACAAGGAGAAGCAGCUGAGGAGAAAGAAAACUCCAGUCAGUCUUCAAGUCAAGAAGCAGGGUCAGAAAAGGAAGGUUAAAGAGGACCUGGGUGUUGCUGUUCAAAGAGGUGUGGUUCUGGACACUGAUCUGAAGUCUUUUCUCAAGAUCAAAUCCCUCCCACAGGAAACACACAAGACUAACAGGAAACAGACAUUCCAGAAACAAGUGAAAGAGGCUACGACUUUCAAAGAAAUGGCCUCUCACCUCGAAGAAAUGAUCGUAUGGUGCAAAGCCCAGAAUAUGAAAAAGGAAAAACGACUCUUGAACUUCACGCUUUUGAAGUGCCAAAGAAUGAAGUGCUUGGAGGCAGCAGGUUACAAUGUCCAGAGGAAGUUGCAUAUCUUCAAACAGGAAGCUCAUUGGGCUUCAUCUCCUCAGGGGUCAGUGCCAAGAACCUGUCGGUCUCCUGCUGUGAUGAAGAGGAAAGCUCGCUCGAGAACUCGUUUUCAUUCACUCAGGAGUCAAUUUAAGUCUUCAGCAGUAAGGGGUGGUGUCAAAAAGAAGAAAAAUCAGAAGAGACAAAGGAAAAGGACCGAGUUAUCAGUGUCUGGACUGUCAGAGGACAACCAGAGAAACAGGACUACAUAUAAGGCAGCAUCUCCCACCAGUGAGCAUGACAGUCAUGAUGACAUAGAUGAUAUAUUUGCCUCUGCAGGUUUAUGACACAUCCAGUUACGCUAUGCUCAGUAUAUGAAACAUUCCUCUGUUUUGAAAGGAAGCUUAGAUGAAAUGCAAAUUUUAAGUGUAUUGAUGAUUGCACAUUACGUGGAUGUUAAGAGUCUUUGCACACAAAGCAUCCCAGUGCUCCAGAUGUAAGAUGGUGUUAACAGAACAGGUCCAAAGACCAGUUCUGUUAACACUAAUUUUAAGAAAUAUGAGGCUCUGACUCAAUCGUUAUUUAAAACAUAAGUUAAUGGGUCAAAUGAGGAAACAAUUGCUUAUUGUUGCAGUUAGAUGAGCUUGUGUUGUUCCUGCCCACUGAAGCCUUAGAUUAUGAGACUUUGGCUUUCAGACAUUCACUCCUCUUCUGGCUACAGCACACGCAUGGUGAAAUGUUUAAUAUUAGAGCUGUUAGGUGCACAGCUUCCACUCUCUUAAAACAGUAUUACAGUAUCAUAACAUGCCACUUCUUAUGCACAGCAAAGUAAAAUCAGUUUGAUUAAUCAUCUGGUACUGAGAAUUAGGUCAUUUUGAGGGAUAAAUGCCAUCAGUGUUGCAGAUGCUGUGCCAAGAAGGGGCUUUUGUGGUAAUGUUAAAUUAAUUCCCCAGUGAUGACUGGGGAAACUGAGCAGCUUGUUAAGACUCUGAUGAUAUGUCUGGCUCCACCUGGUGGAGUUGAUAAAUGAAUGCACUCGAUGAGUUCCAGACUGUUCAUUGUUUCUCAGAGAACAUAAAAUUAGUCUUCCAACCUUAUUAUCUGUAAUGUCCUCAGCAGAGGCAAUGUGGAAGCAGAGGUGUUAAUCUUUUCCUUUAUAACUGAAUAUGAGUGAGUGCUCGCAUGAACACAGCACACUGGCAGUGGGGUGCAUCAGUAGGCAUGGUGGCCUUAGCUCUGGGCUUUUCACGUCUAGUGAAAGAGCUUUAAGAGCACAAGUGGCAUCAUGUCGAAACCAUGCAGGUGUCUGGCAGUCCAUAGAAAGUGUGAAGGCUCAGGAGUGGGGGCUGUGCACUAAAAUUGAUUCUAAAGGGUUAGUUUUAUUGCAGCCUGUGUUCUUGCUGCCCACUUUCUUAUCAUCCUCUGCCAAAAAAGACAGUCCUCCCAUCUGUGCAAAUACAGCGGUUCAGUUUUCCUCCCCCUCACUGAGACUGACGAGGUUAAGUUACGGCCUCGCAUCAGCCCACCAGCGUUAUUUGUGCAUAUGCAUGUGCAGAUUCUUGACUCUUGACUUUUGUGCUUUUUAGGUUUCAUCUAAACCAGUUAGUCAACCUAUGUACCCGUCUGCAGAGGAAAAGCCUUGGAUAUUUGUUUUCUGUAUAUGUGCACACAACAGAAGUCAUACAUUUUUUGUCUCUGCAUGAAAUUAGAGUCACUGUGGUCAGUGCUAUCAGUAUACAGAUAUACAGUAUUUACACUUGAUUGGAGGUACAAUUUGCACAAAUGGGGGUACACAUGCCAGCAGAACUUUAUGAACACAGCAAAGCUAUUAACGUCACCAAAGAGUAAAGAAAACCAAAUUUAUAUUUUACAGAUCUUUUCCUUGGCAGAAAACACAACUGAAUAAAUUAAUCUAUAAAAAGCUGGAUGUGCGCCUUGUCGAAAAUUUGAAAAGACCAAGGAUGAAGACAGUAUUUUUCAUUCAGUGUAAAAAGUUUGACUGACCUUGCUGCUUUUAAUUUAGAAAUACAAAAUAAACUCAGAACAGCAUAAAUUAACAGCAACUUUGAGAGUGGUGCAUUCAUACAGUUUAGUUGUGUGUUUUAUGAACAGAUUCUGGGCUGGUGAGAUAAUUAAGAUGUGUUUACUGACCUUGUCCUCGUUACCUUAGAUAAGCCACUUGUAAAUUGACAAGAUGUUUAAGUACUACAUUUUGUUGCCAGUGAACAGUAACGGCAUGUAAAAUAUUGAAAUGUAGGUCUGGUUUAUGUCUUGUCCCAGGUGUACACCUUAAGGGCCUUCAUCAUUAUCUGGCUAUGGUAGCAAAUCUUCAUCACCAUUGGCUGCCUGUUUACAGUAGGGAGACUGUAUUUUGUGAGACACCCCAUCUGUCUGCUUCUGUUCACCAAGAGGUAUUUAAUAAAACUGUAAACACGUGGUUCCA